AUGGCUGAAUCACCUUUAAAAAGACAGAAAUUGUCAAUAGAGAAUGAUGAGGGGGCAUGUACUAUAUCAAUGGAUGACUUGUAUAAAGGAAAAUAUUCAAUAAAUAAUAAAGCUUCGCUAUCUAUAAAUACAAUCAAAAUAUCACCAAAUGGUACCAAGUUUGCUAUAGGUUCAUCAGAUACGACCGUUAAAAUAUUCAAUUUAAGCAAUGGAGAAUUACUUACUGAAUUGAUAGGUCAUACGAAAGGUAUAUCAGACCUUGAGUUCUCGCCGAUUAACUCUGAUAUUAUAGCAUCUUGCUCAGAUGAUCUUACAAUUAGACUCUGGUCAAUCAAGAAGGCGCGAUGCCUCAAAGUACUUAAGAAACAUACGUAUCAUGUAACAGCUGUUAAGUUUAGUCUGAAAGGCAAUAUAUUGAUCAGUGGAUCUGCAGAUGAAACUAUUACCAUUUGGGAUAUAAUAUCAGGAAUAACUUUGAAGACAUUGGCUGCUCACUCAGACCCAGUACUGUCAUUAGCAUUAACACCGGAUAGCACAAUGAUAGCGAGUGCAUCCUAUGAUGGAUUAAUGAGGUUGUUUGAUCUAGAGACAGGACAAUGUUUGAAAACCUUGACAUAUAAUAGUUCGAGUCAUGGAACUGCAACUGCAUCCACUACUGACGUGGUAAAUCUUCCUAUAUCAAACGUUACGUUUUCACCAAAUGGUAAAUAUAUAUUGAGUUCAAGUUUGGAUGGUGUAUUAAGACUAUGGGACUACAUGAACAAUAAAGUUAUCAAGACAUACUUGGGCAUCGGAGGCGGCGAAGUUCCUAUAAGUGAAGUGUACAACUGUAGUGCCAAAUUUAUAACGAAAACGAAAGAUCCGUUGAUAAUUUCUGGGUCCGAUAAGUCUGGAUUAUUAAUAUGGGAUGUUCAAUCCAAGAAGAUAGUUUACCAGUUCAAAUCUUCUAACGAACCAGUGUUCGACAUCGAUAUUUAUGAUGAAGGAAGAAUAAUUGCAUCAUGCAGCAAAGAUGGGACUAUAAAUAUAAUGGAAAUGAAUCCGAAAUAUUUUAAACCUACUGAAAUUAACUCUGAGACAAACAGUUUACCAGAAUCGCCAGAAAGUAGUUAA